AUGCUUAAGCAACGGCAACGUCAGGUGGUGGGUCACUUUCUGCGGCGGCACCGCCGCGCGCUGCUCCACGAGUAUGUGCUGGUGCCAAUCGGGGUGAUCUGCUUCAUGGCGCUGCUAUACGGCGUGGACCGAUUGAUCCGAAACGUUAUCAAAGUGAAGUUUCCGGCCUCCGUGGCCGUGAUGAUUGUGAACCUGGGGGUGAUGUGCACCUUUUCCGCCAUCAGCCAGCCACUGGCGGAGCGGUAUGUGGCUGUGGUGGAUGUACCCCUGAGCUGGUCGCUGCGGUGGAUGAACCUGUUCUUCACGCCUGCAUUCGUAACGCUGCCGCUCAGCGAGUGGAUCUCCGCGCGGGAGGCCAUGCUGAUCAUGGCGACGUUUGUGGUCGGGUACCUGGUGGGCGUCGCGGUGCUAGCGUACGUGACCGUGGGGUGUCAGCGCCUGUUUGGCAAGAGCCGCAAGUCCUUGUUUACACGCCAGCACGAGCUAGAUACCGGGGAGGCCGAGGGCUCGCGCUUUGCGCGGCCCAGCGCCACGGGCGUGCUGGACUCGCCUGCCAGGUCCGAGGACACGGCGAGCGUCACCGAGUACCGCCCCGCGGAGCUGCAGGACGUGCCGCUGAUGAACCUGGCGAGCCACUCAGGCAUGCUGCUCUCGCGGUCCGCGACACAGGAGCACACGGGCAGCUCGCCGGGGAUGAGCGAGGGCCUGUUCACACGCAGCUCCUCCGACACAGGUCCUGCGAAGUCGCAGGAGAAACAGCAGGAACAGGACUCGUCGGAGUUCACCAGCGAGCCCAGCAGCAUGAACCCCGCGACUCUGCAUGAGCCCGCACCGUCUCAAAAGGCCUACCGAGACUCGUCGGCCCUGGAGACAGAGGACAAGCCGGCCUUCUGUGAGCGCGCCGUCACCCGGCAGGUUUCGCACCAGCUCGACCGGCUGAUCAGCGUCCAGCUGCUGCGCGCGCACCUGCACCACAUUCUCUACGGCCUGGGCUUUGUCGCCAGCAUGUUCAGCUACUACUUCUCGUGGUACCUCAUGCCGUACCACCUGUUCACCGCGGUGUGCGCCUUCAUGUUCAUUGCUGACGCACCGCUCGUGCAGAACCCGAAGUACAAGCGCUUUCUGCACCCCGUGCUGUGCUCCGUCGCGCUGACGUGGCUGGUCAUGCUCAUCUCUGUGCUGAUCAAGCACCGCCGCGUCAGCUUCUUCAUCUCGGAGCUCCACGACUACAAGACCGGGCGUACGUACCUGCAUCUCUUCGACACCGCUGCAUUCGGGGCCCGCGUCUGGCCCGGCGCGGGCGACAUCUUUGGCUCCUGCAUGGACGUGUCCAUUGUCGGCCUCUCCAUGCCCAUGUUCACCUACCGCGCAGACCUGCGCCGCCACUUCGCAAGCAUGAUCCCGGCCAUUCUUAUCCUCUCUGCGGGCACCCUCAUACUCUAUCCCCUAAUUGCACACCUCAUCGGGAUCCGCUCCGACCGCUCCCUCGGUUUUGUCGGCCGCAGCAUCACGCUAGCACUCGCCACGCCUGUCGUCGACAACCUCCACGGCUCUAUGACGCUCAUGGCCGUCUGCACCGUGGUCAGCGGCGUCGUCGGCGCCCUCACGGGCGGCCCUCACCUUGACCUCCUGCGCAUUCGGUCAGACGACUACGUAACGCGUGGCGUUACGCUUGGCUGCAACUGUGGGGCCAUUGCAACUGCAUAUCUCCUGGGCGUCGAUCGUCGCGCAGCCGCAAUUUCAUCGUUGUCCUUUGUCAUCUUUGGGACUUUCAUGGUCAUACUCAGCUCAAUUGGCCCCGUUCAGGCCUGGGUGAAUCAUCUAGCUACGCUCUAG